UUCAGCAUUACAGCGAGUUCAAGGUCGAUCUGAAUUAGUGUUUGCAAGUAUAGGACUCAUGGAACUUGUAUUUAGCCCAACUCUCAAAAAUGGGUUGGAAGCUGCAUCUUUAGUUAAAGAGCUUAUCCUAAUUCUAAGCAGACUUGGUACUUGUACAUGUGAAUUGGAAGAGGGCACUUUUCGAGUGGAUGCAAAUAUAUCUGUAAAUUGGGUUGGAGAACCAUUGGGAGUGAAAACAGAAGUGAAAAACAUCAACAGUGUAAGGUUUAUAUCAAGAGCAAUAGAUUAUGAAAUAAACAGGCAGAUUGGAGUAUUGGAAGAUGGUGGCUUUGUUGCAAAUGAAACAAGAGCAUAUGACUAUGAUGAAAAGAAAACGGUUUAUAUGAGAGACAAAGGGACAUUUCAAGACUAUCGCUUUAUGCCAGAACCUAACUUACCACCUAUUAAAAUUUGUGAUGAUUCUGAAUUUGUUUGCACAACAGAAGACGAAUCUAGUGUAAUAAAUAUUAAUGAACUCAAAAAGAAAUUGCCUGUUCUUCCAGAUGCUGAACGUUGUAAUUUAAGAAAAAAAUAUAACUUGCCAUUGGAUGCCAUAGAUAAAUUAGUGAGUAAUGAAGGUGCACAAGAAAUGUUUGAAAUCUGUGCUUCAGACUAUUCAGAAAGUGACCUCAUGACUAUAUGUGAUUUCUUAUUUAGUAAUGUCCAACACCAGUUUAACCUCAGAAAUUUAAGUUUUAAAGACUGUCCUGUCUCUGGCUCUCAAAUUGCAGAAAUUCUGGAGCUACUUAUAUCUAGAACCAUAUCUGAAGGAACUGCUAAUGAUAUUCUUGACAUGUUAUUCAAUGGUGAUCAAAGACCAGCUCGGGAAAUUGUUAAUGAAUACAACUGGUUUCUGAUAAGAGAUCCCGAAGAACUAAAGAGCCUGUGCCUUCUAGUCAUGGCUACGCAUAAAAAAGUGGCACAGAAGUAUAGGAAGUCUAAAAAGAAAAGGCAUAUGGCAGUUCUGAUAGCAGCUUUAAAUGAAAGUGUUAAUAAUAGAGCAUCUUAUAAAGAGGUAGCAGCUAUGUUUCAUAAUUUAAUAUGUAAAGAAGAAAAGGAAAUGGAUGUACAUAAAAUUCAAGAAGAUAAUAAAGAAUAAAAGUGUUAUUGAUUGAGAA